AUAAUCCCGGACGGUGCCGGUGCUGUCGCCGCAUCCCUUUUGUUAUUUAUCGCGGUCGGGAAAGAGGAGGAAGAAAAGCGGGGGAGAGGGCACUUUCCUCCUCUAAAACCGACCGGCCAAAGCCGCCAGUGCGCUGAAGCCGCUGCCCCGGACAAGCGGGCAGAGGAGGACUUUGAUGGGGAAAAGCUUUUCCUCCCCUGAUGCAUCGUAAGUAACUUAAGUUGUUAUUUAUACUCCGCAAACAAACACGACAGUAUAACAUCUCCCAUCUCUGGAGCGCUGGAGGCCGCGGCGAGGGAUGAGAUCUGCCUUUCCCUGUUCGAGCAGGACACUUUUUCGCUCGUAAUUAAUUUUAUUUGAUUUUGGUUUUUUAAUUUUUCCAUGCUCCGCUCCCGAAGGGUCAUUUGAACUGUAAAGGAAUCGCCGAGGGGGCGAGGGGACUUGGAGAGAGAGGAUAUCCAAACGACUCCACUGAGGCUCCUCCGCCCCCUCCAAGAUGAUGCUUAGCCCGGACCAAGCUGCCGACUCCGACCACCCCUCCUCGGCGCCCUCCGACCCGGAGUCCCUGGGCGGCGCGGACGCCCAGGCGCUCAGCUGCUGCGUCUCCGACCCGGAGCCCGCCGAGGGCGGCGGCGGCGAGGGCCGGGGCGGCGGCGGCGGCGGCGGGGAGGGCCGCGGCGGGGGCCGGCCCGGGCUGCACCCGCCGCCGCUGAGCCGGGAGGAGAAGCGCCGGCGGCGCCGCGCCACGGCCAAGUACCGCUCGGCCCACGCCACGCGUGAGCGGAUCCGCGUGGAGGCCUUCAACCUGGCCUUCGCCGAGCUGCGCAAGCUGCUGCCCACCCUGCCCCCCGACAAGAAGCUCUCCAAGAUCGAGAUCCUGCGCCUCGCCAUCUGCUAUAUCUCCUAUCUCAACCACGUGCUGGACGUGUAGCGCCCGACGGACGCCCGGAGCCCCGGGACCCCCAGUCCCGCCGCCCCGGGUCCGGCCGCGGCGGGCAGCGCCUUCCCCGGGGCGGGCGGCGGGGCGGGGGGUCCCUGCUGCUUGUGCUCCCCCGCGGAGCGCUCCCGCCCGGUCGAGAGCCCGCUUUCCGAAGAGAAGUGUAAAACCGGAUUGUCUCUUCAGGCUGUCAAGUGCCCCUUUAUAUAUAUCCAAAAACAUCUACUUGUGACCUUAAACGUGUGACCCAUGGGUGCAGUUAAAAAUAACUAUUUUUUAUUUAUGGUAGAAGGAGUUGACAAUUUAUUUUUUUCAAGAUUUAUUUAUUUUUCAGAGUGGUGGCAAUUUUACUUUGGAUACUUCGUGCCAAUUGGUUUCUAUAGUCGGGUGUUUACACUUUCUCCUGUGGAAUAUUAUGUUUGACUUUAUGAGUGUUUGUUGGGAUCAAUACAGUGUUAAUUUUAUUUUCUUUUUAAUUUAUUUUUUCCCUCCAAUUAUAUUGCACUUGUGUACCACAACCCCCCCUCCCCUCCCUGUUUAUAAGUAUAUUUUAUAUAUAUCAAGGAAUUUGUUCUUGACCUUUUUUCUUUUUUUCCUUGUGUGGGAUCAACAACCACUAGCACUUAACUAGGAGAGGUUUUUUUAAAAAAACUUGUUGUUAUUCUGAUCUAUAGUUGCGUCUGAAGAGUACUUUGAAAAUCGUUUAUAAGGGAAGUAGUUUCUUUGUGGAUGUAUAUGUGCGUGUGUGUACACAUGCAUGUGUGUGGGAGUGAGCGUGGGUGUGUAUGUGUGUGGUAUAUUUUUAGGAAAGGACAUUUUUUUCCUAAAAAAAAAGAAAAAAAAAGAAAGAAAAGUAAAUCCAGGACUGCUUUCCUUUGUGACAACCAAAAAAAUUCUAUAACCUGAAAAUGUUUCAUGUUCUUUGCUGUGAAUCUCUUAAAACAAGAAGCGCAUUUUAGGGACAAAAGAGAAAAAGAAAAAAAACACAUCUGCUAUCCAAAGAUUUUAGUCUUUUUCAGGGUUUUUUUGUGUGUCUAUGUUGCUUUAUAUAAUGCAAUAUUUUGUAGUGAAAAUAGAUAAAUCUGGUUUCUAUCUGAUGCGUUUUUCAUAUCUCUCAUGAAUGGUGAGCUGUUUUGCAUAUAAAUAAAAGUAUCAAAUAAAAGCUGUUUUUUCCUAA